GCUGCCCACAUGUACACACACGGCGUUCGUCGCCGACCCCAACCUCAUGGUAGCCACGAGAGAGAGGGUGCGCUCAGCGGCUGCUCGAUCAACGGUGACCGCAGAUUCAGCCUCCAGCAGUGACGGGGAGGGAUCUUCACCAACCACUUGGAAUAGCGACACUGCCUCAGCUGCGUCUUCCUUCUCUCAGGAGCGAGCAGGCGACCAAGAUAGCAGUUGCAGCCUCAAAGGCAGCGGCGGCGGCGACAGUAGCGAAGGCAGCAGCAUCGGACCGUACGUGGUGAUGACCCGCAAGAGGCGAUUGCUGCAGGACACGGCAGCGAGGAUCGCGGUCGGGGUCGUCCCGUACUGGGAAGGCGGUAUCGAUCUGGGAGGGGAUAUCGACGAAGAAAAGAAGGGGACACCGAGGCGAUCUCGCCGAGGCAAGGCACGCCGCAAGCAUCAGGACUCCGCGCCUAUCGAGCAACCGAAAAUGGGCGUCAAUCUCCCGCCGAUGGUUAGCACGAGAGAGGGGAAGCUUCUGAGCGUCGAGGUGUUCGGUAUCGGUGUUUUGGACCACCUGCGGAGGGAAGACAGAGGUGCGCGCGUCGGGCACUGCUCCAGCGGCUACGUGUGCGGGAGCCCCGUUUCCCGAGGCAAGGAAGGCAACCGGUGGUGCCAGACGCCGGUGCGGGGGUCGCUAGAGAGCAGGAUGGCGUGCAUGCACCACUCGCACCGACGGAGGGCGGGAGGCGCGGGCCCGUCCAAGGAGCAGUUGCGGUACAUGAUGCUUGCAGACGAGUUUUUCGACCGGCAGUCGGGGGACAUCUGCUGGCAGCGUGUCGUGUCCUACCUCAGGGCGCGGAAGAGUCCUCGCGAGUUAGCCCAGCGCCGGCAGGUGCUAACCGCGGGCGACCGAGCCUUGGCGGUCGCCGACACUCAGAUAGUCCUCCACGGGUUCGUGCAGUGCCUUUUCUUCUGGCUGGCAGCUUGUCGGUUGACGCGCCGCGGGUAUGAGUUUAAGAUGGUGGCCCACGCGUCCAAGGGCGACUUCAAGGAGUUCCUCUCGCGGCUCCGAAGGAAGGCCGCCUGGCCGCCACCCUCCCCGGCGUCCUCGCCCUUUGUGUGCAUGGACGACAAGCGGUCCGGAAAGCGGCAGCGGCAGAUGCAGCACCCCUCCUACUACGCUAGCGGAUAUGACCAGGUCUGCGGGAUGUUCUGACAGGCGUCCUGCUGCUGUGCACUGCGUACACGGCUUCAGACUCCUCCUCACAAUAGAGGCAGCCCGAUUUCUCGGGCUGUGCCCAAUUCUUGCAAUAGAAGCCCGAUCUUCGGUAUUGACGCCCGAUGUCUCGGGCUUGAGCGAUCGUGAUCGCUGAGAGUGCACGAAGCGUUCCGCGUUAACCCGCGAAUUACACCGCUUACACCCGCGUGGACGAAAAUUCCCAUGGAGGGAAACCCGGAUAAGUCAACGAUAUCUACCGAACGUGGUCCUACAACAGCGAAUUUGGAUGUGCUUUUUGAGUAUCAUGUUCGACGAUUUAUUGAUGCGAGUGGUUGUUGUCAUGGCUGAUCCCGGCCAGUCGAAGCACUCGAGGCGAAUAGGCGCUCUUCCGCUAGGUGUAUCAGCCCCAAGACAAUCGCCGUGUGCUUCUACAUAGACCUCGUUCCAACGGGGCUCAGAAAAAUUGGUGGAGGUCUCGGAAGGGUGAGGGGGGGCGUAGGGGUGGUGGGAGUCAAUUCGAGCAGUAGGUGAUACUGGUGUUUCGGGAAAAUCAUUAAGAACAUGUAGGAAGCGACGGUGGCAGAUGUGCGUGGACAAUGGACCGCAAAGCGGUCAGGUUUAUGUAACCUGGCCUGUUUUCUCCCCUGCUAGACGAGAAGUUUGUUUCCAGCACCCGAUAUGAGGAACGAAGGUUUGGAGGAAUGCCAGUAUUUGGGGGGGGCUCUGCUGAGUCGAAAGAAGUGGUGCUAGAGGUCGCCAUCGCAGCGGGCCUCCCGAACAGGAAUACCAACGCCUGCUUGCGCAGGUAGAAGUGGUGCCGACCGUGACAGGGCAUGGCGGCCAAAAGCUAAGGAGCUCGAGCACAUGUUGAGCGGACACAAUCAAAAUUUAUGUCGGCGGCGUGUGAUGUUGGUGCACGCGGCUGCACUGAAGCAGCAGCAGGAGUCUCUUGUUGGUAUGAUCUGCAGUGAUCGCCAUCCUUGCAAUAUGGCAGCAAUGUAAUAUGUCAAUCGGACCGUGACUUGUUGAGCAGUGUCGGGGAGGCGUCGCUGGGCCUUGAAGGCGGCUUUGUCGAGAAAGCAGGUUGAGAACCACGUCCGGGCAACAUAGAGUUGGGUCUUCCUCGCAUCAAGGGUCGGGCGUCGAUUGGGCGGCGUCGUCGACACUGGAUAGAAGUCGAUACCGGGCCAAGAGCCAACGCCACCACGUGCCACAUGUGUUUUUCGUUCGACGGUUUCACAUCUUGGGUAUUUUGGGAUGCAGAUAUUGUGGCACAUGCGCGACGACAGUCUACAUGUAGGUCUAGAUGUGCUGAGGUGACAAUACUGGGGGGUCGGAAGAUUUGAUCUCUCGGGGGUGGUCGGUAAUAGUUUGCUUCGUGAAAGGAGAUGCUAGCGGGGGGCGAGGAACCCAAUACGGCCUUCUGUUGUGUUUCGGUGUGCGAUAGGGCGACCUGAGCCGUUUAGCCUUGAAUGGACAGUCCAAGAUGUCUGUGUCGAGCACAAGGUUUGGUGUACCGUGUUAACUAGUGGAUGGAUAUCUUGCGGCGGUUGACGUACUCGAUGGUGGUGUGCGUAUCGCAAGUGAGGUUUGCCAUGAUCGGGACGCCUCUCCAACCAGCUGAAGAAGUUCAACAGUCAUCUCUCGGGCAUCGUAUGAUACUUGCAUGCAACAGUUGAUGAUUGCGUACGGAACGGCAUGGUGCAGAAGAAGGCAAUGCGCACAAGUACACACGACAGUAUCACAUUUUCGAGGGUACCAGCAUGAUCGUGUCACCAAAUUCGUUUGGAAUACGAACCUCACGGCAAAAGCUAUUGGGUUGCGUGGACGAGAGUCAUUCGUUAGCUCACCACGAGGCUCAAUUCGAAGGGCAAUCUUUCGUCGCGCUCGCCAGAGCCAAAGUUGGUGCACGACUUCAACUUACGCGUCAUUGCUCGUUGCGGCCGAGAAAAAACGGAACCGAAUGUGUCGUAGUUCAAAGGGUCUCUUUGUGUCCGUAGUGGCGGAAUCAACCCUUCCUUGUUGUGCGAGUCGGCAUUUCUCUAAACGAUAGUGGUGAAGAGGUUGAACAAGCAACGAGGGCGUUCUUUGGUGAAAGUAAAACAACUAGCUGACAAUAAG